AUGGACAUCGGAUCCCUUCUCAACCCUUCCUCGGUCGACCACCACCACCACCAUGUCGAGUCGACGGUGGUCACUCCCCCUCCUCCUCCUUCAACGAAGACGUCCAUGCUGAGGGACCAGGAGCAACAACAACCCCCCAAACGCCAGAAGCUCUCCAAGGCCGACGCCGUCUUCGUCAAGGGCAGGCCCAAGGGCGAGGUGCGCUACCCGCCGUUCGGCAGCGUCGACCACGACAACUACGACCCGAGCCUCGCGGCGCGGCACCGCGAGUACCAGAUCUUCCCGCCCGUCGACGAGAUCAAGGACUACCCCCAGCACAUACCGUACAGCAGCGAGAAGAAGGACUUCCUCGAGAAGACGGGACGGGAGGCGUUCGAAGUCUUCCACUACACGUUCGUACUUCCCGGCGACGACGUCAAAUGGACCGUGAUGUGGGACUACAACGUCGGCCUCACGCGUAUCACGCACUUCUUCAAGUGCUGCAAAUACUCCAAGACCACCCCCGCCCGCGCCAUCUCCCUCAACCCCGGCUUGCGCGAUAUUAGCCACAGCAUCACAGGCGGCUCGCUGCUAGCGCAGGGCUACUGGCUACCGUACGACGCGGCGCGCGCGGUAGCGGCCAAUUUCUGCUGGCACCUGCGCGCGGCGCUGACGCCGUUGUUCGGGCCCGAUUUCGUGCGCGACUGCCUGCAUCCGGCCGACGCGCUGUACGCGACGUUCCGGAUCCCGCGGACUGUGGUGCAGCGGUGCCGGGCGCAGGCGGAGGAUUGGCAGAAGGGGAGCAGGAAGAAGAUGAAGGGGGUGAGUGGUGGUGUGGAGGGGGAGGGGAUGAGGGAGAGGGAGGGGGAGGAGAGGGAGAAUAGGGGGGUGGUGAGGAGUGGUGGUGGUGGUGAUAAUGGUGGUGAUGGCGGCAACAAUAGUCCGGGUGAACGUCGUCGUCGUGGCCCGGCGUUGUUGCUGGCGGCGCCGCAGCAGCAGCGUGAACAACCCCACGGCAGGCACUACGACAACUUCGAUGGCAGUACCACCACCACCACCACCGCCGCCACAACCUUCAGCGGCAAGUGGCCGUCGCCGAGCUUGACCAUCGAGAGCGGCUACGCGUCCGACACGGAGCGCCCCGGCAUGUACCUCUGCUCGCCGCAGGUGUCGCCGUUGACGCAGGUGCCGGCGCCGCCGCAGUGGGCGAGCGUGAACAAUGGCGGUGGUGGAGCAGCAGCAUUAGCACCAGCAGUCGACGUCAACAGCUUUGUCAAGGUCGGCGACAAAAGCUUGUACUGCUAUGGUUCCGGGGUGACGGCGCCGCCGGCUGUCAAUGCGCGCGUCGCCGGAGCUAGAUACUACCGGGGACCGACGUCGUCUCCGGUCGGAGAGGCAUCGUCGUGGAUGUCGUUCGUGCCGCGUUCGUUUGUGCCCGCACCGGCAGCGGAGGUGGAGGGUGAGCAGCAGACGAGGGCAGCUGCGAAGCGGCCGAUCUCGACGGUUGAGAAGGAAGGGGAUGGCGAUGAUGACGACAAUGACGACGAAACGGUAUCUGUUUGGAGUGCACAUGUUCAGCGUAGCAGUGCUAGCCCGGCUUCGGAGAGCCCUGAAGAGUCCAGUUCGCGAGACGUGACGGCGGCGAGGCUGCUGCUGAAUCUGCUCAAAGGCGAUAGCGGACGAAAUGCGCUCACAAGUCACCGUGAGAAGCGGCUGCGUCGUGCUUCGCACUGA